AUGGUGCUUCCUCCCGGAGCCCUACAAGGCGCUUCCUCCCUGCCAGAGGCCCAUACAAGGCGCUUCCUUCCCGGCGCGUCUGGCAGGCGGCCCGCGGGCGGCUGCGGGCUGGGAGCCCGGGCUCGGAGUCCGCCCGCACCCGGGAGCCCGCGGUCAGGGGGACCCGCUGCCAAGGAGGGGGCGGCCGGCGGGAGGGGCCGGGAGAGCGCGGCCCGGCGCGGGGAAACGCGCACAGGGCGGCUUCGAGGCCGUUGGCAGGCGCAGUCCCUUCCUCCACACCCCGGAGGUCGGAGGCGCCCUCGGCUCCCCACAGCUUUCGCAUUUCCCCCCACUUCCUUCCCCGACCCCUUGCUGGAGAUCCGUCAGCAGCUCCCAGCCCGGAACCUGAAGCCCCAACUCCCAAGCACCGCGUCCGAGCCCGCCCGCUCGUCUCCUGUGUUUGAUCUGGUCAACCCACUACUGCAAGAAUCCCCCAGCCCCCACGGGCUCUCCCCAGAGCACCUCCAGAGACUUAAACCCGGCCCAAACACGUGGCUACCCUGCCCUGGGUGCAGUAGCAGGGAGCCAGGCUGGAAGCAGAUCAGCUGGGACUCAGUCAGCUCUCACAUGGGAUGCCGGCGGCGCCAGAGGCGGCCGCUGUACAAGAGUACUUCAACAAGAGUUUCUGGAGAAGUGCAGCUACUAGAAAUCCCAACUUCAAGAAUAGCACCUAGGGAUGCAUGAUGAUGAGAAACGCCAGCUCCACCUGACCAGGCAUGCUUGCCCUUUGCAGAGGACAACUGGAUUUCAGCAGGGCCAUCAUGCAGAUCAGUUGGUUUGAGCCUCAGCUUCCCUGCUUCUGAUACAGCUUUCUGCCAACACCAGGCCUGGGAUGAAGCAAGUCAUGGCUCCAGUAUACUUGGGUCCAUGACACCCUCACGGAAGACUCAAACUGAGCUCCAUUAAUGA